UCGGGACAAAAGGGAUAUCCGGCGAAAGUAGGGAGGAAACGCCCGACAAAGAUUCCACUGGUGACGAGUCGAAAGAACAUCCGAGAGGUUCAGCUGUUGGUCAGCCAGACACAGUGGACGAACCUGCGACAGUCGCUGAGAGCGUAGACGCCGCAGGUCUACGAGACCAAGACCAGGAAGAGCAACGAGUAGACGAAAACAACCCUGUCCACGAGACGCCCUUACGAUACCCCACGCCAUCGGCAAAAAUGGCAGCAGCGAGAAAGCCUUGAAAUAGCGGUGAUGCCGGGAAUAAAAGUCGUUGGCGAUGAGAGAGUCACAACGGCGGCGGAGACAGAAGCGGAGGAGGAUACGGAUAGUAAUCUGUCGCUCGAUGAAAUCGAGAGUACGGAAGAUUCAAGCGCACCGAUCGAAGCACCGAUCGACGAGAGAACGGGAGAUGUAAGGAUCGCCACCGGGAGAUUUCUUCUGGCCGAAAAGAUUUUCUCAGGCGAGGAGAAAAUCUUGUCCGUAUCCGGUGUGGAGAAGGUGAGCGUUGAAGGUGGACAAGGCAGAGAUCUUGAGUCCAAAUUCGAGGGAGUCGCAGAACCGGAUCAAACAGGCGUAAAAGCAGACGUUAAGGAAGUAUUGACAACGAUGCGAGAUGAGAUUUCUUCGAUUCUAGACGUUACGGAACUAAAAGACAUUUCGAGAGAAGAAGUUCAGGAUGAAAGUAUCCCGGUGACAAAGAAGGACACGGAACGUAGAACAAGUGAGAGCGUAACAGCUGAUAGGAAGAUUGAGGAAGUUCCCGCCGCGAAGCCGGACGACAAAAGCGCAAUUAGGUCGCCUUCAAAGCAAAUCGGACAAGUGGAUUCGAAAGAAGACAGGGCAAGUGUCGAAGACGCCAAAGUGGACAGAACAAAAGUUCGAGACGCCGAAAUGGGCAAAAGGAGAAGCAAAGACGGCGCACCAUCGAUCUCGGAGAGGCACGCUGCGAAGAAGGAAACUCCCGGAAGUCCCGUUAAAAAGAAGACAAAACCCGAACGACCGAAGGCAGCUUCGCCCAUGGCGAGGAAGCGCGACGAAGAGUCGGAGGGAAGAGCGAUUCAGUCGCGUCGUCGAUCUCGCCGGAAUCUCGACGACGAUCCGGAGAGACAGAAGAAGAGAGACGUCGGCUCGCAGAAACAAUCACGGAAAGAAGAGGAGCCCGAGCGGAAGCAGGCGUUGCCGAGGACAAAGUUGAAGGUGGACACGAAGAGAGCGACGGUCCCGGCGAAAACCGGCGAGAUCGACAUGAGUAAGACCCGGUCCAAGUACAUGGCUUGGUACGACAAGAAGCGCGAGGAGGCGGAGAAGCGGAAGCUGGAAAAGAAGACCGCGGAAGACGAAGAGCAGCUGCCACGUUGGGUGAGCAGAGGCCUCAGACGAGGCCAGCCGACGAAGCCGAAAGGCAAACUCGGCGCGGAGCAAGAGAUGACCCCGGAGAUGACGCCGCGCACGAGACGCAAGAUCAAGCCUCUGGUGAACGUCGAGUCCGAGCAGUUGAAAGCCAUCGUGCGUCAAGGCCGGCAGUUGAGAAGAGCGGAAGGCAUUAUCAAGGAAGACCCGCCGAUCCAGAUCUUCGCCAGGACACCGCCGGUCUCCAUGUCGGACACGCAGCAGCACCGUCUGUUGCAACACUCUGAGUACAAAUACGAGAAGAUACCUGCGCCGUUUUACCUCCACCCACCUCCGGCGCCGCACCCAUCGCCGCAGCUGUCGCCGGAGAGAUCGUUCGAGCCGCAACCGUCCACUUCGCAGUGCAGGCAGGCCGAGGAAGAGCUCUGCACAGAGAUCCUGCCGCUCCAGGCCGGUGGUCGUCUGCGACAUCAGCAGCUCCUCGAGAAGAAAAGCGUCUUCGAUAUCGCGUACAGCGAAGCUGCGCCGUCGCAACUUCGAUCCGACAGCGCGACUCCUCCGUCGUAA